AUGUCACUGGACGUCGGUGACGUAACUGAUUCGCGCGUCCCGGAAGAUAUUUUAUUCCCGGACGAGUUAUGCCGCUACCUUCGGGAAGAACUGAAAACCUGUACCCGCGAAAACUGCUUCUUGAGGAAGGACAUUGCAGAAAAAGAGAAACAAAGCGAAGACACCCAACGCAAGUUGCUAAAACUAGAAACGAAACUCAAGGAGUACCAGGACUCGUCCGACAUGGUCGCCGCUACUCCCAAUCACUUGGUCAGCGCCAAGAUCGUCGAGAUCAGCAAGAAGCUGCGCGAAAAGUGCGCAGAACUUGAAUCAUGCAAGUCCAAGUAUGCGAAACUUGAAAACUACGUCCUCGAAUUGGAAAAUCGAUCGACUCGUUGCGAACCAAUUGCAGAAUUCAGAUGCGAAGACGUCGAGACGAAGCGGCUGGAAGAAAAGCUCCGUGCUACUUCCAACAAGUUGGUGGAGGCGAGGGACGCCAACGCGCAGCUUAAAAACGACCUGAAAACUGCCAACGAGUACCUGAAACGAGAGACGGGGGAAGAACUGACUUCGUUGCUCGGCAAUAGCAAGUGGAAAGGUAAAUCUGAGCUGAUUAACGAAUUGCAGAGCAAAAACAGGGAGCUGAAGGACAAAAUUAAGAUGAUGCAGGAUACCCAGCAGAGUUACGCAAAGACAUACCAGAAAUUGACGAGCCUGGAACAGGAAAGCAGAGACGUAAAGGCGAUCAACGAAGAACUGAGGAGAAAAAUCGAAGCUAUCAAGGCUCGAAACAAAGCUUUGGAGGCAGAUAACAAGAGUUUAAAGUUAAAGUAUUCUACGUUGAACGAACACUACGAAAAAGAUCAGUGCUUCAUCGCUACCUUGUCGGCUCAGGUAGUUUCUUUCGAGGAGCUCAGAAGGGACGUAACAAGGGAAAAGGAAUGUUUACUGGGCAAGGUCCGUAAUGAGAAAGAGCAACUGUUUCUAGAGGUGCAAACAUGCAAGACUAUAAUAAACGAGCUACGCCAACAGCUCGAAUCGAAAAAUGAGCAAAUUACUGAACUGAGAAAAGUCAAAGGCGUCAAGGAGGACGAGGAAGAAAUGGUCGUAGCGGAGUGCUACGAUGCCGAACGAAUUAAGAUUUUAGACCUAUUCGAGAAUCAAAAUAAACGACUAGAGGACGCGCGAAGCGAACUUUCCAAAUGUCAAUUGGCGCUGCGAAAGGAAAAGCAGAAAUCUGCGAAAUUGGAAUCGGCGCUGGCUAGAGCUGAGGCUGAAUCUAUAUCGACUAACAGAUACCGUUCUACCACAUCCUUGGCAUCUGUGCGUGUCCCGGAUGAGUCAUUGAGCGAUAAGCUAGAGCUGGCUGAGGAAAAUAUUAAAGCUCUCACGACUAAACUCGAACUAGAGCGGCACGAGAGGCGGAGGGAUUUAAAAGAGUUUUCCGCAAUCCUAAAGUGUUCCAGCAAUUCCAGCAAAUAAAUAAAAUUUAAGAUCCGGCAUAUUUUUAAUUAAGGUGGUGAUAAUUAAUGUGUUAUUUAUUACCGUUCCCACCAACAGUUAGUAUAUUGCUAGGUGGACUUUUGUUUUCUAGACUACUUAAGUCUUUUGCAAGUCACUUUAGGUGGUACCUACAUUUAGGUGCUCAAUUUUAAAUACAACCACAAAAUUUUGUCUAAUAAAACAGAUUUUUGCUCGCUAGUUCCGUAGAAUGAAUACGGAGUUGAAAUUUUUGAGGAUAAUCUUGGAUUCCUCGAAUGGUUUUCCAGAUGCCAAUGGUAUCCUUUAUAAUUUCUAUGAAAAUAAAAGAUUUAAUAGAGAGAA